UUCUGCUCUCUGCAACCUCUCCCACCUAUAAAUACGAACCCCUCAAACUCAAAAACCUAGAAAUAUAAACAAGUACAUACUCAUACACACCAUACCCAUCACUAUUUGAUUUUUCAUUUCUCUCGAUUCUUUAAAUUUCUCUACGUCUGAUUAUGGACGCCGCCAUGGACGACGAGCUACAGAGCCAGGGGCAAGACGCGCCGCCAUCUCCGCCGCCCCCGACGGCGCCGGAACCGCAGGCAGGCGAGGAGGCGGCGGCGGCGGAGGAGGACGAGGAAGACGAGGACGAGGAGCCGAAGAAUGAAGAGGACGAAAUGAUGGCCAAGGCUCAGAAGCUCAUGGAUAAGACUAUGGCUUCGCCUGACAACCCUAGCCCCAGUGUUCUUCACGCCUUGGCUUCUCUUCUUGAAACGCAGGAGCAAAGGUACAUGGAGGAAAGUGGUCAUUCUUCCAGCAACGCUCGCGCUUCUCAUGCCGCUGGACGGCUAGGGACCUUGGUUCGGGAACAUGAUGAUUUCUUUGAAUUAAUAUCUGCCAAGUAUUUGUCAGAUAUGAGAUUCUCUGCAUCAGUCCAGGCAGCUGCUGCACGGCUGUUUCUGAGCUGUUCAGUAAAUGUGAUUUAUCCUCCUGUUUUUGAAGAAGACGUUUUGGAGAAAAUAAAGGAAUGGGUGAUGGAUGAGACUCCCAACGUCUCGGUUGAACACCAGAACUGUAAGCAUGAUUUGGGGGGAAAGGAGGUUUCAGAUUUUCAAAUGCUGAAGACAUAUUCUACUGGACUUCUUGCUUUGUGUUUGGCUGGGGGCGGUCAACAAGUAGUGGAAGAUGUGUUGACGUCUGGAUUGUCAGCCAAGCUUAUGCAUUAUCUUCGUGUCCGUGUCCGUGUUUCGGGGGAGUCUAGUAUUAGUCAGAAGGUUUCUAGUCAUGUAACAGAGACAAAAAAUCCCUCUGGGGUAAAAGGUAAAGAUGAAGGACGGGGUAGGGUUCGGCAGAUUCCGGAAACAACUCAUUUUGAUGAUCCAAGGAUACCAAGUGAGAAAUGCUUAGAUGAAGUUUCUGGAGGAGAACGGUGGGUUGAUGGUGGAGAACCACCUGAUGGAAUGGAUGAAGGGGAUGAGAUCAAUGAUGUUGAUGGCAGUGAUUCUCGUGAUUUACGUGAUGGAAAACUAAAAUCGGGUGAUUUUGAUGAAAUUGGGAGAGAUGAAUCCUCAAGGCGCAGAUCUAACCGUGGCUGGGCACGAUCUAGAGGGAAGGGAAGGGCAAAUGAAGGCAGUGUAGAAAAUGAACAGCUGUUGACCUCACCAGGAUCUGCGAUUCGGUUGGGACAGGGGCGAAGCUUUAGAGAAAAGAGUACAUCAAAGAAUUCAGAUUUGAAAAAAGUAUCAGAUUCUAGGAAGCCAUUGAGCAAGAAUGCUUCUGAUGUUUUGUUUCUGGAAAGAGAGGAUAAUGAUGAGUGCUUCCAGGAUUGUACAGUUGGUAGUAAGGAUAUUACUGAUCUAGUGAAGAAAGCAGUUAAAGCUGCUGAAGCUGAAGCUAGAGCAGCGAAUGCACCUGUGGAAGCCAUCAAAGCUGCUGGUGAGUCCGCUGCGGAAGUCGUCAAAAGUGCAGCUUUAGAGGAAUUCGCUAAGACAAAUGAUGAAGAAGCUGCAGUUUUGGCUGCUUCAAGAGCAGCAUCUACUGUAAUUGAUGCAGCCAAUUCAAUUGAAGCUCUAAGCGUGAAUGCAGCAAAUACUUCUGCUAGUGCUGAACCAUUACCUUCAAGCUCUAAACUUCAAAACCAUGAAGACGUUGAAGAAUACUUUAUUCCAACAGUUGAAUCUCUUGCACAGUUGAGAGAAAAAUACUGUAUUCAAUGUCUUGAGACUCUCGGAGAAUAUGUUGAAGUUCUUGGACCUGUAUUGCAUCAGAAGGGAGUAGAAGUGUGUCUUGAGUUGUUACAACGAAACUCAAGGCAUAAAGAACCGUCAAAGCUCGCAAUGCUGUUGCCUGAUGUAAUGAAGCUCAUAUGUGCGCUGGCUGCUCACAGGAAAUUUGCUUCAUUGUUUGUGGAUAAGGGCGGCAUGCAGAAACUACUUGCCGUCCCCAGAGUUCCUCAAACUUACUUUGGCCUUUCUUCAUGCUUGUUUACGAUCGGUUCGCUGCAGGUUGUAAUGGAGCGUGUCUGUGCUCUUCCUUCAGACCUGGUUUACCAGGUGGUGGAGUUGGCUCUCCAUCUUCUUGGGUGCUCACAGGAUCAAGCCAGGAAAAAUGCAGCCUUAUUUUUUUCUGCUGCAUUUGUAUUCAGGGCAGUUGUUGAUGCAUUUGAUUCUCAGGAUGGCUUACAGAAAGUACUAGGCCUUUUAAAUGAUGCUGCAUCAGUAAGAUCUGGAGGAAACUCUGGGACGUUAGGACUCUCUACCUCAGGUUCACUUCGAAAUGAUAGGUCACCGACAGAAGUACUGACCUCAUCAGAGAAACAGAUUGCCUAUCACACUUGUGUUGCUUUGCGUCAGUACUUUAGAGCUCAUUUUAUUUUGCUUGUCGAUUCUCUACGUCCAAAUAAAAACAGUCGAAGUGCAGCUCGGAAUCUUCCUAGUGUAAGGGCAGCUUACAAGCCACUUGACCUUAGCAAUGAAGCUAUUGAUGCAGUAUUUAUGCAGUUACAGAAGGACCGAAAGCUUGGUCCUGCAUUCGUAAGAACUCGUUGGCCGGCAGUUGAUAGAUUUUUGGGGUAUAAUGGACAUAUUACUAUGUUGGAGUUAUGCCAGGCUCCACCUGUUGAGCGCUAUCUACAUGAUUUACUUCAAUAUGCAUUGGGUGUUCUGCACAUUGUUACAUUGGUACCUAGCAGUCGCAAAAUGAUCGUGAAUUCAACAUUAAGCAACAAUCGUGUUGGUAUAGCAGUUAUUUUGGAUGCAGCAAGUGUUAAUGGUAGUUAUGUGGACCCAGAGAUCAUUCAGCCAGCUCUAAAUGUGUUGGUCAAUCUUGUUUGUCCUCCACCUUCAAUCAGCAACAAACCAUCUGUACUUGCACAUAGUCAGCAGUCUAUAUCUGCUCCAACCUCAAAUGCCCUUGCUAUAGAGAAAAAUACCGAUCGAGCUGGGGAAUCAGCUCUUGUAGAUCGAAGCAGUGUAGCAGCACAAGGUACUGGUGCACAGUUGAACAGUAGUAAUGCACAAUCCUCAGCUGCCAUGACAACUUCUGGAUUGGUUGGGGAUCGCAGGAUAUCUUUAGGAGUUGGGGCAGGUUGUGCCGGGCUUGCGGCACAACUGGAGCAAGGGUAUCGGCAAGCAAGAGAGGCCGUUCGCUCCACCAACGGUAUAAAGGUUCUGCUGCAUCUUCUCCAACCACGCAUAUAUUCUCCUCCUGCCGCACUCGACUGUCUACGUGCACUUGCUUGCCGAGUCCUUCUUGGUUUAGCGAGAGAUGAUACAAUUGCACACAUAUUGACAAAACUUCAGGUUGGGAAAAAACUAUCAGAACUAAUUCGAGAUUCUGGGAGCCAAACACAAGGAUCUGAGCAAGGCAGGUGGCAAUCUGAACUUUCACAGGCAGCAAUUGAGUUGAUGGCAAUUGUGACGAAUUCUGGACGUGCUAGUACAUGGGCUGCCACUGAUGCCGCUAUGCCAACUUUGAGGCGCAUAGAACGGGCAGCAAUAGCUGCUGCCACUCCUAUCACUUACCAUUCCAGGGAGCUCUUGCUUCUAAUACAUGAGCAUCUUCAAGCGUCUGGUUUGGCCGUAACAGCUUCUUCCCUGCUAAAAGAGGCCCAAUUGACGCCUUUACCAUCCUUGGUUGCCCCCUCAUCUCUUGUGCAGCAAGCUACACAAGAAGCCUCAUCUCUGCAAAUUCAGUGGCCCUCUGGUCGCACCCCUAUUGGAUUUCUUACCAACAAAUCAAAGAUAGCAAGGGGGGAGGAUGCAACCUUGAAAUGUGAUUCUACUAUCUCAUACUCGAAGAAAAAACCUUUAAUAUUUUCUCCAAAUUUUUCUCUUCAGUCAAAGAAUCCAUCCCAGUCCCAUGACUCUCACCCGACAUUGGCAUCAAAUGUCUUCAGUGCAUUGAAAGAGUUAUCUGCCCCUGCAGAUGCAUCAGAUGCAUCAGAAAUCCUGCCCAAACCUUAUGUUGAUACAGAGUACCAGUGUAAGACACCCAUCCUGCUGCCUAUGAAAAGAAAAUUAUCAGAGGUAAAGGAUCCUGGGUGUUUGCCAUCAUCUGGGAAGCGCAUCCAUACUGGGGACCAGGGAUAUCGGUCUCCACUUUUUCCCACACCCAAUAUUGUGUGGAAAAGCGGUCUUCUAAAUGAUCUGGGUGGGUUCGCUACCCCUACUUUCAACAUGAGAGAUCAACAAUGUCGAUCCACACCUGCAUGUUUUUCAUCAGAGUAUCUGGAUGAUAACCAGUAUGGUAAUUCUAGUAUGGGUCUGGCAACCCCAUGCUCCCAACUUGGGCUUCAAACCGACCCUCAACCAAGCAACCCGGAAAGGUUGACACUUGACUCGAUGGUUGUUCAGUAUCUGAAGCACCAGCAUCGCCAGUGUCCUGCACCUAUAACCACUCUUCCACCACUGUCCUUGUUACAGCCGCAUGUUUGUCCUGAACCAAGACGAACCCUUGAUGCCCCUUCAAAUGUAACUGCCCGGCUUGGCACUCGUGAGUUCAGAAGUAUGUACGGUGGGGUUCAUGGAAACCGCAGGGAUCGUCAGUUUGUUUACAGCAGAUUCCGGUCAUGGCGGACUUGUAGGGAUGAUACUGGUACCCCUUUGACAUGCAUAUCUUUUCUUGGUGACACCGCUCGUAUUGCAGUAGGCAGUCACGGUGGUGAGCUCAAAAUUUUUGAUUCUAAUAGCAGCAAUGUAUUGGAGAGUUGUCCGAGCCACCAGUCUCCUGUGACGCUUGUUCAGACGUAUCUUUCCGGUGAAACUGAAUUGGUGCUCUCUUCUAGUUCAGAAGAUGUGAAGUUGUGGGAUGCAUCUACAAUGUCUACUGGACCAAUGCAUUCAUAUGAAGGGUGCAAGGCUGCAAGAUUUAGCAAUUUUGGAGGCGUUUUUGCAGCCCUAUCAUCAGAGCCAGCCCAGAAAGAAAUUCUAAUAUAUGACAUCCAGACUAACCAGUUGGAAUCAAAACUGUCAGAUACAGCUGCUAACACCGGCCGUGGACAUUCAUAUUCUCAUAUACACUUCAAUCCUUUGGACACAAUGCUUCUCUGGAAUGGUGUCCUGUGGGACAGGCGGGUUUCCAGCCCUGUUCAUCGUUUUGAUCAGUUCACGGAUUAUGGAGGUGGUGGCUUCCAUCCUGCCGGGAAUGAGGUGAUUAUAAACUCUGAGGUCUGGGAUCUCCGGAACUUCAGACUCCUCCGAAGUGUACCUUCGUUAGACCAAACUACAAUAACUUUUAAUGCCCGUGGUGAUGUGAUUUAUGCAAUCCUCCGGAGAAAUCUUGAUGAUGUAAUGUCUGCGGUGCAUACACGUCGUGUAAAGCAUCCUCUAUUUGCUGCAUUCCGCACGGUGGAUGCGGUUAACUACUCGGACAUUGCUACUAUUCCGGUUGAUCGUUGUGUCCUCGAUUUUGCUACGGAGUCGACUGAUUCUUUUCUUGGGCUGAUUACAAUGGAUGACCAAGAUGAGAUGUUUGCAUCUGCUAGGGUUUAUGAAAUUGGUCGACGAAAGCCGACAGAUGAUGAUUCUGAUCCUGAUGAUCUUGAGAGUGAAGACGACGAUGACGAUGAAGAAGAUGAUGACGACGCAGAUAUGGAUACUUUACUGGGCCCUGAUCUUGACGGUGAUGAUGACAGUGAUUUGAGUAAUGAUGACGAUGAUAGUGGGAGUGACCCUGAUGAUGACGAUGAGGGGGAUUUUAUGAUGGAUGGGGACUUUGAUGGAGGAGCUGGAAUGCUUGAGAUUUUGACAGACUAUGAUGAAGAGGAUGAUAGUGAUGAACUGGUUGAAUCCUUCAGCAGUGGCGAUGAGGAGGAUUUUGCAGGCCAUGGUUUUGGUUAUUAACUGUAACAUAUCUAAAUGAUUAGAUUGGAGCUGGUAGAUGAGCAGAUUAUGUAAUUAUGAUCUUUUUGAGAGUUUCUUGAGUGUUUACCAGUGAUAAAAGGCUUAGCUUCAUUCAUCUUUUAUACAUCAAUCUUACACCUUUGUUUCAUCUUU